AUGGCUACCAAAGCAAGACCUGAACAAGCAGAGCAGUUGCCUAAAAACAAAAGGCUGCAGAGAGAAGGAGAAUUAGUCUCUACCAGUGAUGAGCAUCUGGCAGAGAAUGGUUAUACAAUCCAAAGUGGUCAGCCCGGAAAUCACAUCAAAGCACACUACCCAGACUCAGGAUUUGAAAGAGAAUACCAUGAGUCUAAUGUUUCUCCUUCGGUGUUGCCAUGUCUGAACCCAGUAAUGGCCCUUGCAGUGUGUGGCAGUGCCUCAGAGGAUGCUGGUGGUGGUGAUGGGAAGGGUGGAACCGACAGGCAACAGUUGUCAGGGAUGGAAACUUUGCCAGGCUGGACAAUUGAUACCAACGCCCCUUUUGCCCAGUGGAGCACAGAGCGCGUAUGUGCAUGGCUAGAGGAUUUUGGCCUGGCUCAGUAUGUGAUUUUUGCCAGACAGUGGUUGACAUCUGGCCAUAUACUACUGACAGCUACUCCUCAGGACAUGGAAAAAGAGCUAGGGAUUAAACACUCCCUCCAUAGGAAGAAGCUGGUUUUAUCAGUGAAAGCUAUCAACGCCAAGCAAGAAGAGAAGUCCACGCUGCUUGACCACAUUUUGACACGGUGGCUUGACGAUAUUGGCUUACCCCAGUACAAAGAUCACUUUCAUGAAUCAAGAGUUGAUGGGCGAAUGCUGCAAUACCUAACUGUGAAUGAUCUACUCUUCUUAAAAGUCACCAGCCAACUCCAUCAUCUCAGCAUCAAAUGUGCUAUUCACGUGCUACAUGUCAAUAAGUUCAACCCCCACUGCCUGCACAGGAGGCCUGUUGAUGAGAGUAACCUUUCUCCUUCAGAGGUUGUCCAGUGGUCCAACCACAGGGUAAUGGAGUGGCUGCGGUCCAUGGACCUGGCAGAGUAUGCGCCCAACCUUCGAGGGAGUGGUGUCGAUGGCGGCCUCAUCAUCCUAGAGCCACGCUUCACUGGAGACACCCUGGAUAUGCUUCUUAAUAUCCCCCCACAGAAGACACUCCUUAGGCGCCAUCCGACCACCAAGUUCAAUGCCCUGAUUGGUCCUGAGGCCAAACAGGAAAACCGAGAUAAAAUGGCCUCACCAGCUUACACACCUCUGACUACCACAGCCAAAGUCUGGCCCAGGAAACUCGGGUUUUCCCAUUUUGGGAACAUGAAAAAAAAGAAGUUUGAUGAGUCUACAGAUUAUAUUUGCCCCAUGGAGCCCAGUGACGCAGCCAAUGACAGCCACAGGGUCUACAGUGUUUACGGGGGCCUUAGUUCCCUUGACAACCAUGAACUAGAUGGACUGGACCAGGUGGGACAGAUAAGCUGA